CGUCUAAACAAAACGUCCGUUUUCACGACAACCGGCAAACGUCAUGCCGCGGGAGCGCGGUUCUACUAAUAGUAUUAAUUUCUAAAGUCAGAAGCCCCAGGUCUCCAGCUUCUGGAUUGCGCACGUCUUGGACGAAGACAAUCGAAAAAAAAAAGUACACCACAGACCACAGACGAACACGUACAAAACAAUGGGGCAGAAACAAUCCGUGGCACAGUCCACUUUCUUCUGCCCCACGACCGGCACUGAGAUUGACGACCCUCUGGGCCUCUGCGCGCGCUGCCAGGCCAACCACGACAUCAUCUGGCAGUCCGUCUUUGUGUGCCCCAACACCGGGUACCGGAUCGAGCAGCCGCCGUCGCGGCCCGACCGCGAGUGCCCCUCGUGCUUCCAGAUGCACCAGCCCUACAGCAAACGCGUCUAUAUCUGCCCCGUCACGGGCGCCACCAUCCCCCACCCGCGCGACACGGGCGGCCGGUGCCAGAAGUGCAACCGCACCCACGAGGACAACUCGACCCCCGUGAGCAGCAAGGAGGCCGUCAGCGAAAGGAGUCGAUGAUGUUUCUCUCACCUUCGUCUUUUGUUCUCCAAUGUUUUUUAAGUUCUCUAUGUUUGCCCAGCUCUCCCGGCCAAGAUAAUUACGUGUCUGUGUAAGGAGGGGCAGGUCGAGAGGGAAGAAAGGGGUGGGAGGGUCAUGUCAU